AUGUUCCAGAGGCUGAAUAAUAUGUUCGUGGGAGAAAUCAAUAAUUUGCCCAGGCAAGAGCCAGAGUUCAGCGAGAAAGAAGAGGAGGAGUGGAUUCUGGUGGAUUUUAUUGGUAAGAACUCCAUUUCAAUAUAAUUUCUGCAUCAGGAAGCAAACUUUAUUUUCUGCUUACAAAGGUAUUUUAUUUUAUUUUUGUUAAACAUGAAAUUGUGUAAGGGGAAAAAAGGCAUAAAAAAAGCUUGUUCAAGCUGGGAAAAUAUUUUGCCCUCAUCACAAGGCAUUUUCCUGGGCCAAGUUCCAUACUGCCAACAAAUUUCCACAACUCAGUAAUUGUAAAUGGUUGAUCUCUCCUCUCUUCCCCCUUCCCUUGCCCCAACUUUGUUCAACUAUUGUAGACUGUAAGCCACCCCCCACCCUCUGGAAGGAUUUGUGGGUUGGUUCAGAUGCUUACCUUAGCGUAAAACGGCUGAUGACCAGUUGACAUGCUAUCACCAACAUGCAGGUCCUUUUGGACCCAGAAGAAGAGCAUGGUGGGUGUAACAGGACAAUGCAUGCUUAUGCAUUGGGGCUGGGAUUGGAACCCCCACGCAAAAUCCUUAUCCUUAUCCCUAUAGAGGAGGAGUGGGCAUUUAUGCCCUGCUCUACCAUGGAAGGAGAAUCAUCAUCCCAUGUAAAGAUCUGAACAGAUUUUGUCAUUCCUGUGUUUUUACACUGCCUAUUGCACUAGUGCCCCUAUUCUUGUGCUAGCAAGAAUUAGUGGGAUUUUGCCCCCAUGAAUGUUCACGCCAUCCCCAAAUCUGCUCCAGAGGUUGGGGAAAACCCCAGGACACAUUUAGGGGGCAUGUGGGGGGGGGGAGGAAAGGGAGAAUAUUCCAUAGUACUACUAAAAAAAAUUGCACUGGCAACAAUCAUAGGUGAAUACAACCAAUUAUUUCAUUUAUUAGACACUUGUUACCUAAAAGGUCUUCCAAGCAUCCAUUAGCGGUAUAAAAUUGUGGAUAUUUUGUUCCUUGCAAACUAAGACUGGGGAACCUAUGGCUCUCUGGAUGUUCUUGAAUUCCAACUCUCAGAUGCGGCCAGAACGGCCAAUGUUUGCGGAGUUGUAGUCCAACAAUAUCUUGAGGGGGGAACAUAUUCUUUGCACCUACUGUAAACCAUCUGAACUCUGGCUGCAUCAAUCAACCUCGCCCAUCUAUCUCAAUGGCUGUUGUAACUCCCAAUAGACACCUGUACUAACUUCUCAAUGAUUGAAGAGGAGGAGGAGGAGGUGGAGGAGGAGGAGGAAGAAGAAGAAGAAGAAGAAGAAGAAGAAGAAGAAGAAGAAGAAGAAAUCCAUAAAGCAUCGCCUGUGGACAAUUCACCCGUCUGCUCUUGUCUGCCUCCUUCCUUGGAAUGUUUGGCUGAUGCCAGUGAAUCUUGCUUUAUCCAGUUUGACUCGUGCCCCAUGGAAGAGAGCUGGUUUAUUACGCCACCUCCGUGUUUCACUGCGGGUGGCCUGACCGCUCUCAAAGUGGAAACCAGCCCCUUGGAGAACCUUCUGAUCGAGCAUCCCAGCAUGUCUGUAUAUGCAGUCCAUAAUACCCGCCACAGCCUCAACAAGACAAGCUGUGGUGGUAAUGAGGAGGAGGAGGAAGAAGAGGAGGAGGAGGAGACAGAGCCUCGUGAUGUAAGCAAUCCUAGGUAAGAUAUUUGCUCUUUGAUUUGUACAGAACAUAAAUAAUAUUCACUAGGGAGAAAAUAUUCCUUUAAAAUUAGCACAUUUUGGAAUACAGUCAACUUCAUCAGACAUAUGAAAUGUUAUCCUCCGUUGGUGGAGGGGUGAGCCCAAGACACCUAGCAAAACUCCCUAUGUGCAAAAGAAGCUUUUCAAACGUGCAGAAGACCCCGCACAUCAUCCCAUGACUAAUCUCCUUAGUAUGCUCCAUUUUCCUUCUCUAUUUCUCUUCCCCUCACCCCGCCCCAAUUUUUCCCACUGGUACAUUUCUACUAUUUCUCUGUAUUUGUGACACUACUCCCUCCCCCACCAUAUUUCCCAUUUGGUAUAUGCCCAUCCUCCCCCCCUGUGAUUUUUUUUAUCCUUGGUACAUGCAAGGAUUUUCCUCUCUUCUCCUUAUGGUACACCCUCCUUCCUACCCACCCCCGUCAUGAAUGCUUCUACUACAAUGUUCUGAUGUAAUUGAAUGAACCCCAUUUCUUCUCCUGCCUUCCUCUCCCUAACUUUGUCUACCUUUCACAAACACACAUAUACACAAUGCAUGUCCGUCUCUUUAACAAGCACACUCAGACCACACACCCCUCCCUUCCAGACCAUAUAUGCAUACAUAAAUUCUUCCAUCCAUCAAUCUAUCCAUCCUUUUGCAGGCAUACACAAAAAAUACUUCUUCCCAUCUAUCUCAAGAGCACAUCUUCACAUAAUGGAGUCCACCACCAGAUGCGUUCAGGCCAUAUGCAUCCAGCACCAGCCCAAAGGGGGUUCACGUACAUUGAACUCAAUAGCGAACAUUAAUCUGUGCGAGCCCUUUGCCUAAAGCAGAAACAGGGUACAGGGUCCUCCAUAUAUUGUAGGAUUUUGUCUCCCAUCCACCCUAGGGAGCUUGCACUAGUAAAUCUUUUGGAUGGGCAAAAUACGGACUGCAAGAAUAAGGAUCUAAUCAGCUUUCUUCUAUUAGCAGCUCGUUAAUUUUUACAAGAUGCUGGAAAUAUUUGGAAGAUUCCACUUAAGAAUAUUGAUGGGAUAGAACCGUGAACUGGACCCUAUCUGAAUAGUUAAUCCAAAGUUCAUGUGUUUACAUAAAGGCAUAACAAAAAAGAUAUAUUUAACAUGGUGUGAUUUUAUUAAAUACAGUAGUACCUCAGGUUAAAUACUUAAUUCUUCCGGAGGUCCGUUCUUAACUUGAAACUGUUCUUAUCCUGAAUCACCACUUUAGCUAAUGGGGCCUCCUGCUGCUGCUGCGCCGCCGGAGCACAAUUUCUGUUCUCAUCCUGAAGCAAAGUUCUAAACCUGAGGUACUAUUUCUGGGUUAGCGGAGUCUGUAACCGGAAGUGUAUGUAACCUGAAGUGUCUGUAACCCGAGGUACCACUGUAUAUCAUAGAAGCAACAAAGGCUUCAGUAAUUCCAGCAGCAACAGACCACCUCACACUUAAGUAUUUCCCACUUCAUUUGCUGAAUAGUGCCAAAAAUAUAAACAAGAUUCGUUUAACUGUAUUCUUUUAUGUACAGUACUAGGAUAGGAUAGGAUAUUGGAAGGGUGUAUUUGUUUUAAACUUUUUGUAAUGCCAAUCCACCAUCACAACUUUUCUUUUAAAAAUCCCCCGCCGUCCCUUACUCAUUGGCUAUUCAGGCUGCGAUAGAUGAGAGAUGUCAUCCAGCAACCUCUGAAGGGCUCCAUGUUAGCUCCUCUGGGCCUUUUCAUUUGCCUCUCCCUCUGGACCCAAUCCAUAGCACCUUCCCAAGGAGAGAAGGCAAAGGCAUAUGCAGAGGUCUCUUCUCCUUGCUCUCAGGAGCAGCAGCAGGGCCAGAGAUCAGCAGAGACACCCACCCACCCUCCGAGAGAUACACACUGGGGCAUGGCAGCUGCCCUGCCAUGCCCACCCUUGAUUCUGCCCCUAAGCAGGAUACUUAAACCCACAGGACCAGAUCUUUACCACAUGACAAAGAGCUACCUUUGUGCCAACCACAAGCACACACUGACUUGUGUCGCUGUCACCAGAGCGUCUUGACACGCAGACCAUCGAUGGUUGUGCCAUAACCUCUCUCUCCUUUGAAUUCUAGAUCAGAAGCCCAAAGUGAAAGGGGUCAACACAUCCGAUGCUAUUUUGCAGCAAUCACUGCUCACUCAACCUUUCUCGAACAGACCAAGAGUUUUCGUCCUUCCCAGUGGAUAAAAGAACACAACGAAAGACAAUAUCUGAACAGAAACUGCCUCCGUCGCCAAAACCUCACCAGAGAUUGCUACUCUCGGCAACUCAAGAACAACGGAUUGUUUGUUCACCAGCCUUGCCAGCGUCAGUAUAAUUACUGA